AUGGAUAUGGUCAUGGCCCGCGUACCUAGCACCAGGAAUGGCAGUGAUCAAACAACAGCAACAAAUCAUCGGACCGCAGAGGUAUUGGAACCUCUCAAGUCCGAACUUGCAGCACUCCAGGAGCAGGUGCGAGUACUGGGUGAUCUGCAAGAUGACACUCGAUCUUUUAUAGUCUUCUUGCAUAUGCGUUUGCGCGAAGCUGUCCAACGCGACGAAGUGGCUCAAGCCCGUAUACACAGCCUUGAACGGGCAGAGGGGGCACGAACCGAUGGUAAGUCACUAGUCUCUGAGAUGGCGAAUCUGGAGGACAGGAUCGCAUACUUGCAGAGGAAAUUGGACGUAGCCAGGGAUUUGGGAAGGUUCACCCAGCUCUCGGCAACAGGCGAGAUACGACCCUGGAACCUAAAGUGGGUCGACGAGACAAUGGACGAUAUCGAUUUCUACAUGAAGCAGCUACUCUUAGAUCACGAUAACAUCGACCAUUUUGAGGCCCCAAACAUCGACAACGACGUGGACCUGACCGGGUUUAUGCGAACAACAUUGGGGCUGAACCCCCAGGAGCGGGUUUCUACAAAGAAAGUGCGAACUCAGCUGUCCAGAUUAAGUUUGCAGUCAGUUGUACGUGCUUUGACUGCGGCCGCUCUCUGCGGAUGGGUGUUUCAGGCUGAGCUGCCCGAUGGAGAGGUUGCCCUUCGGAACCUGGAUUUUGCUGCGCACCAAUCACUUUUCAAUGGAACGCUGUUCCAAGACAACAUACUCCCUCGACAAGCCGAGUCACUCGCCUGUCGACUGUCGAAGCUCCUGUCUCGGAUUUUCCGCAACGACGACAGCAUAGUGGUGCAUUCCGCAGGAUCGUACGGAGUUCCUUCAGCCCAUCGUUUCUACACCUGGGGUGUUAAUGAGCGCGUCUGGAUGAGUACUCGAGAUAAAAUGAUCAAGAUAUUUCAACUUGCUCUUGAAAUCAAGUAUAAGUUCAUGCUGAGCACGUACCAAUUCGAGGCGGUGCUUUACCCCCCUCGGACGCCCUUCCUAGCAGAGCAGAUGAAGCCAGAGACGGUGGAGGGCAGCGACUUGACGACAUCUGCCUCUACCAUGCAUGAUCUAGAGGUUAAGCUUUGCUUACUGCCCUCUCUGUAUUUUUGGAGGUCUGAUUGUAUGCGAGUGAACGGCAAUACGUUUGUGCAACGUCAUCCUUCUGAUCGGGAAGAAUGUGAACGACUUACGAAAGCAGUCGUGGUUGCCGAGCCACUAUGA